UGUUCCCCUCUCUCUUCUUCAUCAACGAACAACUUUCAGAUUGCUUAGGACGGGAAUCUUGAUUCUCCAGGCAAUCAUGCAGAUCUUCGUCAAGACCCUCACGGGCAAGACUAUCACCCUUGAGGUGGAGUCGAGCGACACCAUCGACAAUGUCAAGUCCAAGAUCCAGGACAAGGAGGGUAUCCCCCCGGACCAGCAGCGCUUGAUCUUUGCCGGCAAGCAGCUUGAGGACGGCAGGACCCUGUCCGACUACAACAUCCAGAAGGAGAGCACCCUCCACCUCGUGCUGCGUCUGCGUGGUGGUGGUAAGAAGAGGAAGAAGAAGGUCUACACCACCCCCAAGAAGAUCAAGCACAAGCGCAAGAAGACCAAGUUGGCUGUGCUCAAGUACUACAAGGUCGACGGUGACGGAAAGAUUGAGCGCCUCCGCCGCGAGUGCCCCAACGAGACCUGCGGUGCCGGUAUCUUCAUGGCUGCCAUGCAGGACCGCCAGUACUGCGGCCGUUGCCACCUGACCUACGUCUUUGACAAGAAGGACUAAGCUGCUUGAUUGCAAAGGAUGACGAACUUGUUUAUGGGAGAAAAAAAUGGGAUGGGCACGGAUACCUUCGGGGCAGGCACAGACUGCCGCCCUUUCGUUACUGGCGUUUGUAGCAUAGGCCUCUUUUUCUUCAUUGGGGCUCUGACUGGCAAUCAAUACGGAUUGGGAUCUUGAUGAGAUAUGAACACUUUUUUCAUGCUG